AUGAGCGAAGGAAAUCAAGAAGUCAACAUCAAGGAGGAGUAUGAGUUAUGGAGAAAGAACUGUCGCUAUAUGUAUGAUUUUGUGAGCGAAACUGCUUUGACCUGGCCCUCACUUACUGUGCAAUGGCUCCCAGAACAUCAAACCAAUGAAGUUAUCGACGCAAAAUUACUCUUGGGAACACAUACCUCUGGUGAAGAUACGAACUACUUGAAACUUGCUUCGACACAACUUCCAAAUCUGAGUUAUGUCGACUUAGAUGGAAAUAAAAAGAAAGCCAGUUCCAAGAUAAAAAUUUCUAAGAAAUUCCAGACCUCCAGUGAGGUGAAUAGAGCUCGCUAUAUGCCACAGAACCCUGAUAUUGUGGCAACCAUCAAUGGUGAUGGAGGAGUUGACUUGUUUAAUAUGUCUCAAGGCGACACUGUGGGGCAUUUUCAGCCGCAUUCUGAGAAUGGAUAUGGCUUGUCAUGGAACUCAUCGAAGGAAGGCUAUUUGAUCACCUCCUCUGAUGACAAAUCCAUUGCUUUAACGGACAUUAAUAAACUUGACAACGACAAUGGUUUGAUUUUCAAAUCUGAACUCCAUGAAGAUAUUGUUAAUGAUGUGAAAUGGCACUCUUUUGACAGCAAUCUUUUUGGCUCUGUCUCAGACGAUCUGAAGGUUCUUCUUUACGACUUGAGAGUUCCUAAUGUACCGGUCUCUACUUUCUACAGCGAAGGUUCCAAGGGAGUUAACUCCAUUGCGUUUUCUCCUUUCUCCAAGAAUUUGGUUGCAGUUGGAAAUGCCAAUUCUAACAUUACCCUUCUAGACCUUCGAAAGAUGGCCUCUUCAAAUACUAGCUACUGGCCACUUCAUACAAUGAUGGGUCAUGGUGAUGCGAUUACCUCCCUAGAAUUUUGUCCUCACAAAGAUGGGAUUAUUGCCUCUGGAUCUCAGGACAGGAGGGUAAUUAUUUGGGACCUCUCAAAAAUUGGCGAAGAACAAGUUCAGGAGGAUGCAGAGGAUGGCUGUCCAGAAAUACUUAUGAUGCAUGCUGGACAUACUGGGGCUGUUUCAGAUAUCAGUUGGUGUCCUUUCAUGGAGUGGACCCUUGCAUCAGUUGCUGAUGACAAUAUCGUUCAUCUUUGGGAAAUCAGCAAAUCAAUUGUUCUGGAUGAACUGACUUUAAUGGAAGAUGCAGAUCUUGAGUAG